AUGGCAAAUACAGUUAAAAAAAUCGAUAGCACGACCGUCACUCGUUCUAAAAGACUUCGUUCAAAGUCUUCUAAUGAUAUUUCCUCAAAUAGCGAUGACCAUUGGCUAAGAUAUCUUCUUAACGAUGUUGAAGAAGAUCCGAAACUUGAAACUUGGAAUGGCUUUUUUCAAGAGUCUUCUCAAACGCGACAAAAACAAAAUUCUGAAAUAACCUUUCCGACCCCUUACAUCUUUAAGUCUGUUAACCCUCAAAACCUUGUUAACAACACUGAAUCCAACAAUUCACAAAGGAGACAAGGACCCUUCACUACAUCAUUUUCAUCCUUUUCAACAAACCUGCUUUCUGAAGAUUUAGUAGGUAAAGUCGUAGAAGUGCUAGGCAUCGUAUUGGAUGAUUUCAAAUUAUAUAUAUGGAAUGAGAUUACAAAAAAACAUUCAGAUCUUCCCGGAUUGGAAGGAUUGGAUCCUUUCAUUCACUCCGCUCUUCGCCGUGACUAUAAUAAGUUUGUCAAUGAUCCUAUGUCCUCACAACUGGCCAAUUCUCUUCCUACUAUCAAUGACGACGACCAAAUUCGUCAUUAUAUCGAUGUAGUUACUUCAAUUCCCGCAAUUCCACCAAUUUCUCCCAUGGUAUCCACCUAUUCAGUAGUAGAUUUAUUUAGAAAUAUUCUGAAUUUCUACUGUCAAAAAACAUCUUUCGUCACCGUAAUUCAAAUGUUAUUUGACGCUAUAGCUUUGGAUUUUAUGCGGGAGGAUAGUGAAGUAGUACCAAAAGUGGAAGAUUUCAUGAAAAUAUUUCAUGAAGAAGACAAUUUCUCUCAACAAUGUAGUAAUAUGCCAUUUAAUAUUGAUCAACUACAAAACAAGGGAGAAAAUAUAGAAGCUUUCACGUGGUUCUACCAUUCUUUUGUGAAGAAUCCUCAGUAUCAAUUCUGUACCGUUUCGACGAGAUUUCAAACUCUUGGCGUUCAUUUUACCUUGGAGCAAAUUGAACAAAUAGAAUCAAUAUUAUCAAUGUUUUAUACAAAACAUUUUUUAAAUGUGUUGGCUAAAGAACAGCAAAAAGAUCACGGCCAAUUCUAUACUCCAAGGGAAGUUAUGAUAUUCAUGUGGGACCGUGUAUUAGUUAACAAAGGAAAUGAGACAUGGUUGGAUAAGCUUUUGGUAACUCCUUUGGGAUGUCUUCCUCAGGCUCCUAGCGUUUUAGAUCCUUGUAUGGGAAUAGGCUCCUUCCUUUGUGAAUUUAUAAGUCGGUUGACUCUUGCAGCUCAGAAAUGCCCUAAUGUGUGGAAUAAUUCGAGAGCAAUCUCCAAUCUGCUUCUGUCAUUGUCCAAGAAUCUUUGGGGUAUAGAGAUCGACGUGAUUGCAUACCUUCUAUGCAAAAUAAAUAUCACGUUGCAUAUCAUACCUCUCUUUAAGAGGUUUAUCGUUCUCAACAACUAUAUUAAUGAUAUAAAAUUGGAAAGACUUCACUUGUUUCGCAAUGAUACUCUAAAUUUGUACCUUCCAGAAGAAAAAGGUGAACAUGCAUGGGAAUGUGAAAAUUUACAAUUGUUGAGGUCACCGCAAAAUCUCAAGUUUGAUUUUAUCGUCACCAAUCCACCAUAUAUGAUUAGAAAGACGGGAUUUAUUUCGGAACCUGAUAGUGAACUUUUUGACGAGAGGGUUUUGGGUAAAGGUGGAAUGCAAGCUUAUGCAUAUUUCUUUUGGUUCUGCGUCGAAAGAUGUAAAGAAGAAACAGGCGAGAUUUGCCUUAUUAGUGCAAGCCAAUGGAUGGGAUUAGAAUUCGCCGAUAAAUUGAGAGCCUGGUUAUGGAACCGGUGCCAUCUUGUCGAAUUUUUUCAAUUCGAACCAUUCAAGGUCUGGCGUAAAAUCCAAACCGAUUCUCUAAUAUUUCGACUUCGUCGUAGACGUGAGAUCCUAACGACCGGCGUUCCUUCUGUACGACCUGCUUUAUCGGAGCCCAAAAUUCUUUUCUUGCGAUACAUGAAUCGUAAGGCAUCUCUGCAAGAAACUCUUCAAGCGUAUAAUAAUUUCAACCCGAACCAAGCCACUCAGUUUGAAAAAGAUAUGCACCACAAGCUUACGCCUCCGUAUCCACAAACCCAGCUACCGUCACAGACAAAUUCUUUCUCGUUCACUUUCUUAAUGCCUUCUUCAGAAGUGAGCACUUAUCUUCGCACCAUUACCUCGCAUCUACCUUCUUUGUGUGACCAUGCUAGCAUGAAGCAUACUUGGGUUGAAAAUAAUCCACUAAUUUGGCACAGAGGUCCCAAUACGAAUCCAGUUUACGCUCUUGUCGUUCGUACAAAUUGGGCGUACAGUAAAUUUGGUACUGAUGUGUGUAGACGCUGGUUACGUCCGGUAUUUUAUUGGAAUGGAAAAAAUGGCGGAAAAGAGGCUGAAUUUUGGCAAAAAAUGGGUGACGAAUUAAGAUUAGAAAAAAAAGAAAGCUCGCCUGCGGAAGCAUAUGUGCCCUUUAUUUCAUACAAUUCUGGUGGAACUACGAUAGCUAAGGGUGGGCUCGAACAGGAUAAAUCGAUGUAUUCUUUAAUAAUGGUCGAUCGAGAUGCUGUUGACAAAGUUCGUAGAGAUUUUGGUGAACAUAGCGAAUUCUGGAAGUAUCUAAAGGAGGCACGCAUAUAUUUACAGACCGGCAUGAAUUCCAGGGAAAUUGCAUAUUGCGGAACAAGUAAAUGCGGGUAA